AUGACAUAUAACGUCCAUCAACUACUGCAUUUGGCACAAAGUGUAGCAGAUUGGGGCCCACUUUGGGCUCAUUCUGGUUAUUGUUUUGAAAACGGGAAUGGUCAAAUAGUUCGAAAAGUCCACGGUGCUAAGGGCGUUGUACAUCAAAUUUGCAGAUCGAUAGCAAUGAGUCAAAGCGAAUUAAUUUUAGAGAAACAUGUUGUUUUGAAAGCAUUUUCAAAUGUCAGCGCGGAAGCGCCUGCCGUCGGCGCGAAUCCCUUGCAGACAUCACGCACGACUUUGCCGCGGAUCCAGCUGCCACAAUUCUCGGGUCGGUACGAAGAGUGGCCUUCCUUCCGGUAUCUCUCCAACUCACUCAUCGUGAAAGAUGCCUCCACAGCUCAAGUGGAGAAACUUCACUACUUGAAGACGUGCUUGAAAGGUGAGGCGGAACUAUUAAUCCGCAGUUUGCCGACGACUGCCGAAAAUUUCGAUCGCGCGUGGAAAAUCCUGACAGGAUAUUACGAAAAUAAACGUCUUGUAGUUCGUUCUUACAUUUCGCAAUUUUCGGCUCUGCAGAAACUCAAAAGUGAAUCCGCUACCGAAUUGCGAAAAUUAUAUCACGGUGUAAUGAGCACCAUCGGCUCUCUCGAAAGCAUCGGACGGCCGAUAACGCGCGGUGAGGAUCUCUUCGUUCAUCUCGUCGUGGAUCUCCUUGAUUCCCGGUCGCGUCGCGAGUGGGAAAGUUAUAUCAGUGAUGCGACGGAACCUCCGUCGUAUACCGCAUUGCAACAGUUCAUAGACCGUCGGCUUCAUACGCUCGAAUCCUUGCAGUCUAGUCAACUGGAGACUAGCCCUGCGAAAUUAAGUCUAAAUUCGGGACGUCCGACGCGCGUACUUCACGCUCGUAAGCCCGCGAACAAACGCGGACAGUGUUCUAUCUGCAAUCAUGAUCACUACAUCAUGUUUUGUGACGGCUACAAGGCCAAGACCGCCGCGGAAAAGAGACAACACGUUGAAGCUAACAAUCUUUGCUUCAACUGCCUCGGCAAGCACAAACUAAGUGAGUGUACCACGCAGAAAACAUGCUUAUCGUGUCGCGCGCGUCACCACACGAUGUUGCAUGAUACAUUUAAAGAAAGCGAAGUCGCGACAUCCUUCGCAAAGCGGUCUCAAGAAGCAACAGUGCUUCUAGCUACAGCUCGCGUUUGCGUAACAGAUCAAGACGGAGUCGUGCACACCGCGCAUGCCCUCUUAGAUCAGGGCUCCGACUCGUCGAUAAUCACGUCUUCACCGGCACGACGAUUGCAAUUAGUUCGCCAAGCAGCUUCUAUCCGAAUAAUCGGCGUUGGACUGAGGUUCGCCGACCCUGACUUUAAGGAACCGGACCCGUUGGACAUUCUGCUGGGCGCGGAUGUCUAUGCCGAAUUCCUCCAGCCAGGCCUUCGUAAAGGAGCUCCCCAUGAACCUAUAGCUCAACGGACGUCAUUAGGUUGGGUUUUGUCUGGACCCGCGGGAACAACUGGCGAAACGAUGCAGCGCAACGCUCAAUCGUACCAUUGCCAAACGGACGAAGAUUUGUCUUUUCUCGUAAGUAAAUUCUGGCAGCAAGAAGAACUGCCCGUCUCUGGCUCUCAACUUACUCCAGAGGAUCAAGAGUGUAAAAAUUUCUACAACGAAACACACGCUCGCACUGGGGGGAAGGGACGAUACGUCGUUCGGUUGCCGGUCGUCGCGCCGCUGCCGGACCUCUCUUCAACGCGUUUUUCCGCUCAGCGAGUACUCUCCGGCAUGGAGAAAAGAUUUGACAGGGAUCAUCGCCUGCAUCAACUCUACGAAGACUUCAUGCAACAGUAUGAAGCCUUAGGCCACAUGGGCCCGGUGAGUCAAUCAGAACCAACAGAAGAGCACGUGAGCUACCUGCCCCACUACGGAGUCAUGCGGGAGUCGAGUACCUCGACAAAGCUACGCGUCGUCUUCAACGGCUCGACGACCACAGCUUCAGGCGAUUCGCUCAACCGACACCUCCUGGUCGGCCCUAAUUUGCUGCCCCCGCUCUGCGAUGUGCUUCUUCGAUGGCGUCGACAUCAGUACGUAAUGGCCACAGACGUGGAAAAAAUGUACCGUCAGAUUUUAGUCCAUCCUGACGACCGUGACUUGCAAAGGAUCAUAUGGCGCUACGACAGGCAGGCCGAUUUCCAGGAAUACCGUCUAAAUACGGUUACUUACGGGCUAUCCUGUGUGCCCUUUCUGGCUAUGCGUACUCUUCAACAACUCGCCAGCGACGAAGAGCAGCGAUAUCCUAUAGGAGCAUUCGUUAUCCGCAGCGACGUCUACAUGGAUGACGUCCUCACGGGUGCCGCCACCCUCGAUGAGGCUCAGGAGCUUCAGCGCCAGCUGACAGGACUCUGCACGGCGGGCGGCUUCCCUCUGCGGAAAUGGUCGGCGAACGAGUCUUCUAUACUUGCGGAAGUGCCUAUCGAACAUCAAAUGCAACGCGAGCCUCGGGUCUGGCGACCACACGAAACCCACGCCACACUCGGACUUCAAUGGCAUCCCGGGAUGGACUGCUUCUCAUUCGCCACACGGACGAUCUCAGUGGCAAACAUAACAAAGCGAUCAGUUCUCUCCUUGACAGCGCGACUCUUCGACCCGCUAGGAUGGCUGGCGCCCGCUGUUGUCAACUGUAAAAUCGCCUUUCAGGCUACCUGGUUGCAACGCAUCGACUGGGACGACCCCCUCGACGAAGCAUCUGCCAAACGGUGGCUAGAUUAUCAAAACGAGCUCCUCCUGCUCGAACAAAUCCGGAUACCUCGGCGGAUCGGCCGGCGUUCGCUCGAUGGCGAGGCUGAGCUCCACGGGUUCGCCGACGCUUCCGAGCGUGCCUAUGCUGCCGUCAUUUACCUGAGAACCGAAAUCAACAAUGAGUGGCACGCUUGCUUGAUAGCCGCUAAAACUAAAGUCGCUCCUAUUCGACAGAUUACUCUACCUCGUCUAGAACUCAGCGCUGCUGUUCUCCUCGCUCGGCUUGCUGCCCACGUUCGGACAACGCUCGACUUAUCGAAGACCCCAAUGCACCUGUGGUCGGACUCCACGGUCGCUCUAGGACUUUCUCCUGGUGAACUGGUAAAUCAUCAUCUAUGGUGGCAAGGUCCCCCGUGGCUCCAGCUUGGGGAAUCUUCUUGGCCCGUUUCAAGCGGGCUGGUUACUUAUGAGAAUCUGCUCGAAGAACGAACCCGCGUUCAUGUGGCCGAAGCUCAGCCUUCGUCUGGCGAAGAUCCCGCUGAGUUGCUGCGGUUCUCUUCCUACCAUCGACUGCUGCGUGUGACAGCGUGGUGCCGACGAUGGCUUCCGCGACGAGGAAAUAUCGGUCCAGCGGCGGACGAGACUGAGCAACUCUCCGAUCGCCAGGGCAUCCUCCGCGUCGGAGGAUGUCUGAAGCACGCCAUCCUGGAUUACGAUGAGCGCCACCCCAUCAUCCUGCCUAGCGAGCCGACGUUCACUCGACUAAUAGUCGAGGUGUGCCACCGUCGGGCGCUGCACGGCGGAGUACAGAUGACCCUGGGGAUGAUCUGGCAACGUUAUUGGAUCCCUAGAGGCCGAGCCAUCGUAAAACAACAAAUUCUUCGCUGCGUGACUUGUGUGCGUUGGCGGGCGGCGACGCCACAGCAGAUGGGCAGCCUGCCUCGCGAACGAGUGAUGCCAGCUCGACCCUUCUUACACACCGGCGUCGACUACGCCGGACCUAUUUUGAUGCGGACCACCAAAGGAAGAGGCCAUCGAGCGUACAAGGCUUUCAUCUCUGUAUUCGUCUGCCUUUCAACAAGGGCCGUGCAUCUGGAGGUCGUAUCGGAUUAUACGGCGGAGGCCUUCUUGGCGGCAUUGCGUCGUUUCACCUCUCGUCGCGGAUUGUGCCAAACCCUCCACAGUGACUGCGGGACGACGUUCGUGGCACAUUCUGACACACAGCUACGGGCCUUCUUCGUUGCCAGCAGUCCCGAACAACGAGCGAUAGUCAGGCAGCUCGCCGCCGAUAGAAUUACAUGGCGAUUCAACCCACCUUCGGCGCCUCAUUUCGGCGGAAUAUGGGAGGCUGCCGUCAAGUCUCUCAAACAUCAUUUGAGGCGGGUGUUGGGAGAUGCAACCCUGACCUACGAGGAGAUGAGCACUCUCCUCACUCAGGUAGAAGCGUGCCUUAAUUCACGACCUCUUCAGGCUUUUUCAGAUGAUCCGGAAGACCUCUCCGCUCUCACGCCAGGUCAUUUCCUCGUGGGAUCCGCUCUGACCGCCAUACCUGAACUUUCCAUGGACAAGCCGAUGAACCAGCUGGCCCGUUGGCGGCUCCUUCAAAGAAUGCGGGAUCAUUUCUGGGAAAGAUGGUCCCAGGAAUACCUCCACUCACUAGUACAUCGCCCUAAAUGGUGGAGCAAGGAAUCGAGCUUCACAGUCGGCCGAUUAUGCCUCAUCCUAAACGAAAACCUGCCACCAACGAAAUGGCCCUUGGCACGCAUCAUUCGGAUCCAUCCCGGAGAAGACGGUCAAAUCCGCGUUGUGACCCUCCGUACGGCUACCACAGUAUUAACCCGGCCUAUAGUAAAGCUCAUUCUUUUGCCGGUCGCCGAUAGCGAGGCGAGCGAGGAAGCUCAAGUAUGA